AUGUCGUUAGCUCUACACGGACAUCAUGUACUAUUAAUUGCUACAAUAAUUUUUAUCGCAGCUAUUCUUACUCCAAACUGGUACAGUAGUGCUGAAAAACGCAUAAAUCUAAAUAUCUUUCAAAUAUGUACGAAUUCUUCAUCACCACAACCGUGCUCGUGGAUUUUCUCGUCGCACUUACCUGGUUCGCUACUUGAAACAAUAAAAAUGGUUUAUCCAAUGCUUGUUGCUUCAUUUGCUUUUGCAUGUGUUAGCUUAAGUGUAACUGGUCUAGUACUUGGUUCAUGGUUUAUAGAGCGACGUGCACAUGAUAAUCGUUCAACAUUAUUAUUGGUAUUCAUUAUGCUUGCUACUUUUUUCAGUCUUUUAUUUUCUUGUGGUGUAUGGGUAAUGAUGUUAACAACGAAUUCUCAACAAAAUGUGCUCAAUAUUUCUGAUAUUCGUCUCAAAGAUUUUGGCUUUUCAUUUUGGAUUAAUAUAGGAUCAUCUGGUGUGUAUUUAUAUGCACUUGUUAUUUAUCUUAUUAGUAUUUGCAAGAACUGA